AAAUGGUUCCGAAAGAUUCCUCCAAUUAAGCCUUCAUAACCUGUAUCGACCUUGGGAUUACCAAGCAACACUUCGAGCUUUUUUUCGAUCAAAACCAGUACAUUUUUGUUUUCUCCAAAAGGCGUAACAUCGGAGAUCAGCGUUUAAUUUGUAAUGGAGGUGAUUCAUCCGAUUCACUAGCAGAAAACCAACAGAGACCGACUGGCAUGGGGACUUCCAGAAGAUUAACUAAGGUGGUCGUCUGUCUACUUCCUAUGUCGCUCCUGAUUUUACUACUCUCCACCGCAAAGGACCAAAAUGCCAUUACGCAGAUCCCUCGUGUAGGUAAAGUUCUUUGCGUCAACAUCAAAUUGGCCGUUGAUCCACCAGUAGCCGACGGCCUAAUUAUGCAAAAGGAUGUACGUGCCAGCCAGUGGAAAACUUUCAACAGUACAUCGCAGAAAGGAUUGACGGAUCGACGCAUAGUCUUUCACGAAACGAGCGGUACCAACGAACUCACCUUCCGCCAGUGUUGCGCUGUCGAAUCGGCUGCCAAAAACAACCCUGAACGGCCUGUCCAGCUCUUUCUCCGACCGCUAUUCAUCCCUUGUCAUGAACAUUUGUCUUAUCAUCCAUCGGAUCUGUUCCACAAACCACUGUGGUUAGAUAUUCUUUCCAACUACCCGAACGUCGAGGCGAUUUUACUCAACGAAGAGCACUACUUCGCUGGAACGCCGUUGCAGAGUUGGUACGAUGCUGGGAAAUGGCGUAAAACUCGGCACGAAACAGUUCAUUUCUCUGAUUACAUUCGAUUUCUUACCCUUCACAAAGGAGGUGGCCUGUAUUUGGACACGGACGUGUUAACCCUACGACCUCUUCAAGGUGACAAAUUUCGUAAUUUUCUGUCUUACGACAAUGUUGCUAUGGAUGGCAUCAGUAGCGGUGUUAUGCACAUGGAAGCGGGUCAUUGGUUGGCUACCGCAAUGAUGCGAUAUCUGGCUGAAGAAUACGACCCGUUUGAAUUUGCGUUCCACGGAACUCAAGCCGUGAGUGCUUUGAUGAGUUCCGCGUGCGGAAUAGAACAAGGCGAUCCUAAAUCCAACACUUGCAAAGACAUUCACCUCCUGCCAUCACGUUUUUUCUUCCCUAUCGUAAAGCAGUUAGCUUCUGAAAAGUUGGACAGAGCGAGGGUCAUGUCUUUAAAGGGACCGGGCGUUUUAACUCGAUUGAACACGAGCUAUGGCGUUCAUACGUGGAAUACCAUGAGGAAUGAUCCUGGAGACCUCGCCAAUAAUCCUAGCGUUUUUGGUUCCCUGGCUCAGAUUCAUUGUCCAAUGUCUGUGGCUAGGGCUUCAGAAUUUCUAAAUUAAUUCUUGACCAAGCCUAGGCAACAAUCCGCUAGGAGGGCUCCAUUUACAGCUGACUUUGCUUGGGGCUCUUUCAGUUUCAUAGCAACUAAUCCUCGUCCAACUGCUCACAUGUAUUCUGUCCAAUAGUCGAUUGUUAUUCAUCAUGCCAACCAUUCCCGUCAAAUUUCGGUUCAAAUACAACAUUUUAAAUGUCACAAA